GUUUCAAACAAUAAUUUCUUCUACAAGUUUCCUCCUGAGACUCUCCUGUUCCCAAUGACUUCUGCAUUCCUCGUCUUUCUGUAGUCCAUAGCCAUGGAGAACAUACCUGCUCUUGUGAAAUCGUUCUUCCUACUUCUGGUAGCUUGUGUUGCCGGGGCUUCAGCCGCCCAGCAUAAAGGAUUGUGGGGUAGAAGUUCAAGUCGACCUGGCUCGAACGACAAGCAUUUCGUGCUCCCCACUGGGCAAGAUAAGAGUUCUGUGCGGCGCUCGAGUGCUUCAGGUGAGUUUUGGCAUCAGCAUUUGGACAAUGCAAUUUACACCAACGUGGCCAUCUCCCUCAAGGGCUAUGUUGGCGCUGCCACCGACCUGAAUCCACCGGAGAUGGUGGAAAGCUUCAAGAUUAGCGGUGAGAGAGUUGCCAAUAAAUCGUCGGUGACUGAUUGGGCGCACGACGAAACCACAGGUCAAGUGGCAAUGUCGCGGAACUCGACUAUCUGCGCUGGGGUGCUGUCGAAUACAGACAAUCGAAAUAUGAUGGUGUUUGCGUGGGACUUGGCAAGUUCACACCCAGAACCUCUUUGGGCAUUUAAGCGGACGUCCGCGGAAGCCAUUUCCAUUGAUGUGUCGAGAGACGGCUCGCUCGUUCUUCUUGCCGACGUGGAAAAUUUGGGCAGUGACGCAAAAUGGACGGUCACCGUAUACAACGGCAGAAGUGAAGAAGUCUUGGUUAGGUAUGCAACCGAAGGCCGAAAUCAGCAGCUGAGAGCGGCAGCGUUGAGUGACGAUGGACUUUACGUAGCAUGGGUAACUCGAAUUAUCAGCCAGGAGAGUGUGGAGAAUUUCAAUUUGACCGUCACAGAGUACAACCCUGUGAAACAGUCUUUUGGGCAGCAAGUUGUCACUGCUCUCGACACAAACAUCCAGUCAAUGAUAGUCUCGAGCUCGGCAGAGUUUAUCGCCGUGCAAGGCUAUGACAAUCGCACAAUGCUAGUGUUGAAGGUCUUCCGCAGGGCCGAUGCCGACAAGCUGACGUAUGCUCGUCACGAUCUCGUCGAGACACCCUACCCGAAUGACUUAGUGGCCAUGGCUUUCUCACCCGAAGGCCUGUAUCUGGCAACGACCUGGAUCAACCGAGAUCUCAACCACAACCAGCUGGUGGUGUACGACAUGCGCACGCAGAAGCAAGUCUUCAGUUAUCUAUAUCCAGUGGAGCACGACGGCGAUUUCUACGACAAGCCGUGCUCCGUGGCGAUGUCGGACCACGGCGAGUACGUGGUGGUCGGCUCCUGGGGAACCAAGAAUAAACAGCCUGGCACGGAGCAGGUUCAGGUAUUCAAAGUCGGCGUCCAGGCUCCAAUCUUCAAACACUUCAUCCCAGGCUCAGCAUUGUCUGUGGAUAUGGUGAAGACGGACACGGGAAAGCUGUACGUCGUUGCAGGUGGCAAAAAGAACCCCGCCGACGUCCUAGGCGAAGGCGGGGAUCUCUUCAUGUUCGAAGUCAAUCCUGCAAUGGUAGAGCAGGGACCAGAAUAGGAAUGAUGAGCACCCAAGACCAGUGUGUGUUCUCUUGAGGAUGACACCGUUCGUCAUACUUCGCGAUCUGGAUCAUCACGCGGUAGUAUAUACAGUGCUGUGAGGUCUUGAUUGUUAUACCGUAGUACAUGCAGUGCUGUGAGGUCUUGUGUUGAGUAGGCUAGUGGAUCCGGCGUUAGUGUAGCCCGGUGCAGUUCGUGAUACUCUGCUCGUCGUUAGGAGCGCGUGUGUUGCGUGCUCGUGCCGUCUAUGCUAGGGCUUGCACUCGGUGAUACCGAUGCGGCUGGCUCUCUCGGUGCAGUGCGUUCCUGCACAGAACGAUUCCUCUGCUGACUGCGUGUUGACUUCUUAUUCUACAUGCUAUUGCUAGCUGCUGUGUUCAUGAUCAUGCCAAUGUUUGGAUUAGUGUAUGGUACUCGCACCCGGCAUGCACAGUAUUCAAUAGCUUUAGAGCAAAAAACCCCACUUGCUGUACAAUUGCUGUACAAUUGCGAAAUUUGUCGCUUUUUUUUACAUUUUAUUUUGGAGCGCUCAACCUGAAUUUAUCACACUUUUUUGACAGACAGCGUUAUGCCCCUUACAAAUCUGGCUUACCCUUGAACUGUGUUCAAUGAAUGCACAAUCAUACUUUGCAAGCACCAAACUAUCUCACCAAUUACCAUGAUAUACCGUAUAAUUAUGCUACAAUUUGAAUAUGAAAUAGGGGAGGCUCAAGAUAGCAACAGGAUUGCAGCGCAUGUGUACACAAAAGCAUAGAAAUAAAAAUCAUAAAAAUGA